AUGUCUGCUUUGGAACCGCACGUCAAACGGCCAAUGAACGCGUUCAUGAUUUGGUCAAGCCGUAAGAGACGGGAAUUGGCACGUCAACAUCCCAAACUACAUAAUUCCCAAAUAAGCAAGAUUCUCGGUUCAGAAUGGCGUAAACUCACAGAGGAAGAGAAGCAGAGGUUUUUUGCGCAAGCGAAGCUCUUGAGCGAGUUGCACUUGAUCGAGCAUCCAGAUUACAAAUAUCGACCGAAACGCCGCGUUAAGAAAAAGCAUCUAAAGAUUCAGCCAGAAAAUGCAAGUGAUGGCUGCAACGAGGUCAGACCCAGCUUCUGUGGUGAACGCUGUUCAUGUUCGCCACAAAUAACUGAUCCACCCAUCCUCCAAGAAGACGAUCAUUGCGCUCAAAUGCCAACCGAAAAUGAAACUACCAAAGAGGACAAUGAUUUUAUCAAGAGGGAGCAACCCGACAAUUUUCUUGCAACGGAAGGCAAUUUUACAAAGACCCAUACGGCACUUUCAGAAUUCGGACGGUAUAGCAAUUCUUUGCAACAAAAACCCGUAAACAGGUCCUCCUCACGAAAACCUGGAUGCAGAGCCUUCGGUACACUCAUGUCCCAAGGCGACACAUUUAAGGACAGCCUACAUUUCCGUGAAGAUAGCUUGUCAAGGUUACCAUCAAUUCCGCUUUACUAUCCAUCAACCCUCCUCGCAGGGAAUUAUAAUCAAUCCCAGUGCCAUGUCUUGCGAAAUUAUUUCCCAAGUGAAAGAGAUGUACCUAGCCCAUUUUUACCGCAUUAUUCCGCUGCAGGGUGCAUUUGCUGUCAGCCAGAAAGCAUGACGAGCCAUAGGGACUUCUUAGGUCAUGAGACAUGGCAAUACCCGUCAUCAAAUCUACGUACAGGUCAGUACUACUACGGAUGCAAAUGGUGA